AUGGCAGAGUCACCACCAGGAGUAGAUCCAACCAAAACUCCUCUUGUCCCUGCACCUGCCGGGCAGAAGUCGAACUUCGUCAAUCCGGUCAACCAUGCCAAUGAAUACUACAUCAUCGCAGGCAUCUGUACUGCGUUGAUGACUUUUCUUGUUUUUGUGAGGCUGUAUAUCCGGUUCUUAGUUACUCAUACGCCGUGGUGGGAUGACUUGACUGCUGUGCUUGCGCUGCUCUCUCAAUCCGCAUACACAGGCGUGAUUAUCAAAGGUUAUUCAACCUCUCUACCACCAAUCGCAACAUCAAUCCUAACAUGGAUAUCUACAGAGGGAUCCCUCGGUCUCGGACGACAUGCUUGGGACGUCACGCUGGCCGAGUUCGCUGAAUUCGAUAAAUAUGCGAGACCUUCAGCAAUCCUCACCGCGCCAGCGAUCUACUUCACGAAGCUGACCCUGCUCCUGCUAUACCUGCGCCUCUUCUUGCUGAAUCGCCCCGUGAAGAUCGGUAUCUGGGGAGGUAUCGUGUUCUGCACGGUCUACUACACCGCUGCGCUCUUCCUCAACAUCUUCUUAAAAGACGUGCACGCGCUCUUGAUGUUGACGUACAGCGUGGCUGUUAUCGGUGUUGUCAGCGACGUAUACAUCAUCACACUUCCGUUGCUGGCUAUUGCGCAGCUGCAUCUGAGCAGGGCCAAGAAGUGGCGCGUUGCUGCUGUAUUCCUUACGGGACUUUUAAGUGUGGUGAUGAGUUUUUUGGGCUGCGUAUACCGCUUCCAACUCAACCUCAUGGACAGCACUUACUCCCUCCUGGCGAUCUACAUCGUCAAGUACGUAUCCCUCCCACUCCUUAACUCCCUACCUAUCCUAACCCUGCCCUCCAAAACCAGCACCGUGGAAGUCGACAUCGGCAUAAUAUGCACCUGCCUCCCCCUCCUCGGCACACUCUUCAAAGCAAACACGAAGGAAUCCUGGUGGCUGACCAGCUUCCGAUCCAUCCGCAACCGUCUCUUUUCCUCACGAGCAGCCUCGCAGGGCUCAGGCGGAUCCCGAAGCGUCGCUGGUUCCUCGCGCUCGCGAUUUCCACACAGCGUGGACAAGAAACAUCAGGAUCACAGUUCUGAUAAUAUCGAGCUUAUUCCGCAGACCUCUGUCGCGGAUGCGGUGCCGGAGACUAAUACUGUGCCGCUGCCGUCUAGUUCACCGAAUGCGAUUUGGCGCAAGACGACGAUUGAGCAGAAGUGGGGAGAGUCUUGCUGUUAG